UUUGACACUUUAUAAACUUGAUUCCUCACAUAUUGUUUUGACAUUUAUUUAUUAUUGAGGUUAUCAUAUAAAGAAUUUAUUUUAAAAAUUGAAAUUGUAUUUAUUAUAAAUGUACGAAUAAUUAUUACGAUUUCAAAUAUAAUUCAAAGUAUUACCUAAGAAAUAAUAGUUGACUAAUAUUAUGAAGUGUAGCGAUAGCAAUAUUUUGCUUUUGUGCAAUUUCGAUGAUCAACAUGUUGGUGAUCACAAAGAAGAUAAAUUUAUCAGUAACAUGUGGUCUGGAAUAUGGUCAAUAGAUGAAACUGAUGUAUGUAAAACCUUAUUGGAUACUAAACUUGACAUAGAUUCGCUUGUACAAUACAUAAACUCAUGGAAAGACGAAAAUUGUAUUGAACCAAUCCUAUGUAUCGCAAUUAAAUCAUUCUUGACAUUUUGUGACCAAAAUUGGAAUCCGCACCCAGAUAAAUUGGAUUUAGACAACUACUUACGCUCAAAUUGGCCUAAAGAUAUUGAUGCCACACUAAAACUACAGAGAGAUUCGGAACCUGUUUUUGUAAACAUUUUAUAUCCAGAACUUCUAUAUUUCUCUCUACAAAUAUUUAGAGCACUGUAUACAAUAGAGGAAAAUUUGCUGCACCUCUGGUGGUAUUUCAGAACAAUAGUAGUACAUCAGAGGGCGCUGGAGGACACCAGUGCAACACUGUAUGCUGAACUGGAGCUUAUCAUAGCAAAGCUUACAAAUGAGCUGCAGAAACUACAGGACAAACCAAGAUUACAAAUUUUGCUGUCUCUGGAAAUUGCACAGGCAUUUCUGAUUUAUGCUAGGAUACAUAAAGUUGAGGAGUACUUAUCAAAGGCAAGAGAAAUAGCUGGCUUGAAGCUGGAGCUCACAGGUAUAUUAGGUAAAAGAACAAAGUUUCAACAGCGAUCUUUACCACAAUUAGCAUUAUUUAGUGAACUGGACUUGAGUGUGGAUCGUCCGUCAGCUGAAGAAAGCCAUGGUUCAUCAGAGCUUCCACCAGAGAUUGAAUUACAAGACGAUGUGCGACUGAAUAAGAUUGAUUAUAAUGAGAAGAUUACCCAAGCAGAGCUACCCAGCUUGGAGCAGAUUUUAUGUUUGUUGACUGUACAAUACAUUCAAAAGUCACAGCCCAAAGACGAUUUGAUGUAUGAGGAGCUGCAGCCGUACAUCGAAGCUGUACUAUCACAGAAGAAAGGCGCGUGGGCGACGCGCGUGGCCGCCCUGCUGAUCCGCUGCAAGCUGGAGGCGGGCCACAAGCGGACCGUCGAGCGCGCCAUGCUGCAGUGCGAGACUAUUGUCAACGACCGCACUGGGGUCGCCUCCACUACCAGAUUGUCAUAUCUUUGGGCGAGCGGGUUACAACCUGCUUGGUCUUGGAGGCAGCAGCUGGCAGACCUCUACGUGAGCUUGGGUCUUAUAAAAGCAGCGCUCGAGGAAUACCAGAAGCUACAACUUUGGGAGGAUAUUAUAGUAUGCUAUACCAUAUUACAACUACGGCACAAGGCAGCGGAGGUCAUUCAACAGCAAAUCGAUGUAAACCCCACAGUGAAAUUGUACUGCUUGCUUGGCGACGCUACAGAUGAUGUAUCCCACUAUAAAAAAGCAUGGGAGUUCUCAAAUCGUAAAAGCAGCAGAGCUCAGAGACACUGGGGCAACUUUCUGUUCAGCCACAAGGAGUAUGAAGAGUGCAUUCCACAUUACGAGAAAUCAGUCGAAAUUAAUUCUAUACAGGAGAGUGUUUGGCUCAGAUUAGGGUACGCAGCAUUAGUGACUGAAAAAUGGGAGACGUCAGCGCGUGCGUACCGUCGUUACACGUAUCUCCAGCCGAACACGUUCGAAGCGUGGAACAAUCUAGCCAAAGUGUACGUCAAGCAGGGAGACAAGAAGCGUGCUUACAAAGCGCUGAUGGAGGCGCUCAGAUUUAACUAUGACAAUUGGAAGUUAUGGGAGAAUGUAAUACUAGUUAGCAUCGACACCGGCCACUUUGAGGACGUAAUACGCGGCUGCCACCGCAUGCUAGACCUCCAGCACAAGUAUGAAGAUAUAGACGUGCUGUCGCUUCUCGUUCGCGCUAUCGUGCAAGAUGCUAAGGACGCUGAUGGGAAUAGUACCGCCAGAUUAAGAAAACGGGUGUUGGAAUUAUUUGGUCGAAUCACAUCAGUACAUCAGAAUAAGCCGGAGAUAUGGCAGCUGUACUCAGAUUUAAGUCCAACUUACUUGUUAAAAGCGCAGCGACUACUUAAAGCUUAUAGAGGUUUCACACAGAGUGACUGGACCAACAGCCCCGAAACAUGUAAGAAAGUCAUAGAACUCGCUCAAACGCUUCUUGACUACAGUAUGAAAGCUAGGAAAGAAACAGAAGACAAAGAAAAACUGCAAUGCGAUCAACAACUGUCGUCAGCCAGACUGACUGCGCAAGGUGUCAUACGCGCCGUCGAAAAGCAAGAUUGGCCAGAAACGAAAACUGCCCUAGAGGAAUUGAAGAAUGUUUUCUCUGAAAUAACUGAAUAUAUGAAAUCAAUUAUGUAAAA